UCCCUCACCCCCUCCCCGCCGCCGCUGUGAAAGUGAAACCGAUCGGCCGCCCCAGCCGCAGCCGCAGCCAUGGCUCCCCGCCGCCGCUCGGCCGUCGCCCUCGGCCUGGCCCCCGCCGCCGCCCACCUGGUGCUCGGGCCGCUACUGCCCGCCGCCUGGGUGCCGGCCGGCCUGGCCGCCGUGCUGCUGGCCGCCCUGGGGCUGGGCCUCGGCCUGGGGCCGGCGCUCGGCCGCCGCCGGGGCCCCGCGCUCCGCUACACGGCCUGCGCCUGCCUGCUGCCGCCGCUGCACUCGGCCGCCCGCCGGGCGCUGGCGCUGGGCCCCGGCCCGGGCCCCGGCCUCUCCUGGCCGCUCCUCCUGCUCGCUCACGCCGCCUCGGCGCUGGCCCUGGCGGCCGUGGAGUCGCUGUCCCGGACCCGGACCCGGACCGCCGGCUCCCCGCCCCCGGCCUCGCAGCACUGGGCCAUCGCCCGCCGGCUCCUCGCCCUCUCCCGGCCCGACCUGCUCCCGCUCGCCGGCGCCUUCACCUUCCUCACACUGGCGGUGAUCGGGGGGAUGUUUGUCCCCUAUUACACGGGCAAAGUGAUUGACCUGCUGGGCUCCCAGUAUGAUCAGAGAGUCUUCCUCAUCACCAUCUUCUUCAUGUUUGUGACGUCAAUGGGGAGCUCCAUUUCAGCCGGUGUGCGAGGAGGGCUCUUCAUGUUCACCAUGUCCAGACUUAACAAACGCAUUCGAAAUCAGCUCUUCUCUUCCCUGGUGCGGCAGGAGAUCGCCUUCUUUGAUGCAACCAAGACUGGCGACAUCACAUCCCGCCUCUCCACCGACACGGCCCUUAUGAGUCGCUCCAUUGCAGCCAAUGUAAACAUCUUCCUGCGCAGUUUGGUGCAUACCAUUGGAAUCCUUGUCUUCAUGCUCACCCUCUCCUGGAAGCUCACCCUCCUGAUGUUUAUCGAAUCUCCCCUCACAAUAGUGAUUCAGAAGUUGUACAAUCAGCAUCACAUGAAACUGGUGCUGGAGGUUCAGGAUUCUAUCGCCAGGUCGAACCAACUGGCUGGGGAGAUCGUCUCCUCCAUCAGAACAGUCAGGAGCUUCGGGACCGAGGACCUGGAGUCAGAACUGUUCGAGAAGAAGCUGCAGGAAACAUACCAACUGAAAAACAAACGCGACCGUGUCAGAGCUGUGUAUCUGCUGUGUCACAGGCACCUACAACUUGCAAUGCUGGUGGUCAUGCUGUACUGUGGACGGUACCUGGUACGGACCGGUCAGAUGACCAGCGGAAACCUCAUCGCGUUCAUCCUCUACCAGAUGGAUUUUGGACGUUAUGUACAGACGCUGGUUCACAUGUACUCGGACAUGAUCCACUCAGUGGGUGCAGCGAAGAAAGUCUUCGACUACCUCGACCGGAAGCCCAGUGUUCACACUGAUGGGAAGCUGGUGACAGAAACUCUGAAGGGUCACCUGGAAUUCAGAGAUGUCUCUUUCUCCUAUCCAACGAGGCCCAACAUCCAGGUCUUAAAGAAUGUGUCCUUUGAGGUGCGGAGUGGGGAGGUGACGGCCCUGGUGGGACCCUCGGGUGGGGGGAAGACCACCUGUGUGUCCCUCCUGCAGCGGUUCUAUCAGCCUCAGUCGGGACAGAUCCUGCUGGACGGGAAGCCCAUCGAGGAGUACGAGCACAAGUACUACCACAGCAAGGUGGCCCUGGUGGGACAGGAGCCAGUGCUGUUUGCACUCUCGGUCGGGGACAACAUCCGCUACGGCCUGGAGAGCUGCCCAGACACAGCCGUCGCAGCGGCUGCUGAGAGAGCGAAUGCACGGGCAUUCAUCGAGAGAAUGGAUCACGGAUACGACACAGAUGUGGGAGAGGCGGGUUCCCUGAUCUCCGCGGGACAGAAGCAGAGGAUCGCCAUCGCCCGCGCUCUGGUCCGACAGCCCAGUCUCCUGGUCCUGGACGAGGCCACCAGUUCCCUGGACAUCCAGACCGAGCGCAUGAUCCAGCAGGCUCUGUCGAGAGGGGCAGCUCAGACGACGCUGGUGAUCGCCCAUCGCCUGAAGACCGUGGAACAGGCCGACAGGAUCGUUGUGAUGGAGGGUGGGAGGGUGGUGGAGGAGGGCACCCACCAGCAGCUGAUGGAGAAGGGAGGAUGUUACUCCCGCAUGGUGCAGCGGAACUUCAGUAACGGGGAGCAGGGAGGGGAGGGUGGGGAGUGAGGGACGGGAGCUGAG